AUAUAUAUGGGCAUCCUCCAACUUCUCUACCAUAUAUAUCUUCGAGCUCUCUCUCUCCGUAACACCUCUUUUUCUCUCUUUCUUUUGCGUACCUCAUUGGCACUGGUUUGAGAUGGCAAAUUAUACCCCAAAGAACAUCCUUGUUACUGGGGCUGCUGGUUUCAUUGCAUCCCAUGUUGUCAACCGGCUCAUUCGUAACUACUCUGACUACAAAAUCAUCGUGCUUGACAAGCUUGAUUACUGCUCAAAUAUGAAAAACCUCCUUCCCUCUAAAUCAUCUCCAAAUAUGAAGUUUGUCAAAGGAGACAUUGGCAGUGCUGACCUUGUCAACUACCUCCUCGUCACCGAAUCUAUCGACACCGUAAUGCACUUUGCAGCCCAGACCCAUGUUGACAACUCGUUUGGUAACAGCUUUGAGUUUACCAAGAACAACAUCGCUGGUACCCAUGUCCUUUUAGAAGCCUGCAAGACCACUGGCCAGAUCAAGAGGUUCAUCCAUGUUAGUACAGACGAGGUCUAUGGGGAGACAGAUGAGGAUGCUGUUGUCGGAAACCACGAGGCUUCUCAACUCCUCCCAACAAAUCCAUACUCUGCAUCAAAAGCUGGAGCAGAAAUGCUAGUUAUGGCAUAUGGUAGAUCAUAUGGAUUACCUGUGAUAACGACACGCGGGAAUAAUGUUUAUGGGCCCAACCAGUUUCCUGAGAAAUUAAUACCAAAGUUCAUCCUCUUGGCCAUGCAAGGGAAGCAUCUUCCAAUUCACGGCGAUGGGUCUAAUGUAAGGAGUUAUUUAUAUUGCGAGGAUGUUGCCGAGGCUUUUGAAGUCAUUCUUCAUGAGGGAGAGGUAGGUCAUGUUUACAAUAUUGGGACAACGGAGGAAAUGAGAGUUAUUGAUGUGGCCACAGAUAUAUGCAAACUUUUCUCAAAGGACCCAGCGACAAACAUCAAGUUUGUUGAGAACAGACCAUUUAAUGACCAAAGGUAUUUUCUAGAUGAUCAGAAGCUACGUAAAUUGGGAUGGUCUGCGCGGACUACUUGGGAAGAAGGGCUGAAGAAGACCAUGAAAUGGUACGUCAACAAUCCUAAUUGGUGGGGUGACGUCUCCGGGGCACUGCUUCCUCAUCCAAGAAUGCUGAUGAUGCCUGGUCAGACUGAGGGACAUUUAAAUGGUUCAGAAGAUGGCAACUUUGCAUCUCAUGAUGUCUCAAGUAAUACCUUGUUGCCGCGGGAUCCAUCUUCCAAACGAAGUGGCUUUCCUAAAAACCUUUCCUUGAAGUUCUUGAUCUACGGUAGAACUGGUUGGGUUGGGGGUCAGCUUGGAAAGUUAUGUGAAAAACAAGGAAUUCCAUUUGAAUACGGAAGAGGGCGUCUAGAGGAUCGGUCAUCACUUUUGGCAGAUAUUCGUAAUGUUAAGCCAACCCAUGUUUUUAAUGCUGCUGGUGUGACUGGUAAACCUAAUGCAGAUUGGUGCGAGUCUCAUAAGGCAGAAACAAUUCGCACGAAUGUUGCUGGAGCCUUAACCUUAGCAGAAGUUUGCAGAGAGCAUGGACUCUUGAUGAUGCAUUUUUCUACAGGGUGUAUAUACGAGUAUGAUGCUGCACAUCCUGAAGGAUCUGGCAUUGGAUUUACAGAGAAUGACAAACCCAAUUUUGCCGGUUCUUUCUUUUCCAAAACCCGGGCCAUGGUUGAGGAGCUGUUGAAAGAAUAUGACAAUGUCUGCACUUUAAGAGGUCGGAUGGCAAUAUCAUCUGACCUAAACAAUCCACGCAACUUCAUAAUUAAGAUUUCUCGUUAUAGCAAAGUGGUUAACAUCCUAAAUAGCAUGACUGUCUUGGAUGAGCUUCUACCCAUUUCAAUUGAGAUGGCAAAGCGAAAUUUGAAGGGUAUAUGGAACUUCACAAACCCUGGGGUAUUGAGCCACAAUGAUGUUCUCGAGAUGUAUAAGCGAUACAUUGACCCUGACUUCAAGUGGGCAAACUUCACACUUGAAGAACAGGCCAAGGUCCUCGCGUCUGCUCGAAGUAACACUGAGUUGGAUGCAACGAAGUUGAAGACAGAGUUCCCCGAGUUGCUAUCUAUCAGGCAGUCGCUAAUUAAAUAUGUCUUUGGACCCAACAUGAAAAACUUCACAGAAUAAUCAACACUUCAGCUGUGUCUUAGACCUCGUGCCAUUAUUAUUUCCAGCAUUGCAUAAAGUCACGAGGGUAAUCCUAUUAGGUCGUCUUCUUCCAUUUUUCUCUACUUAUUGUACGUAUUUAAUAAUUGAUAAUGACCAAACCAGAAGCUUUGGUAUUCUCUUCAA